GCCGACCGGCUGGCCCAGCGCCGCAUGCAACCGGUGGGAGGCCGGGCCGGCUGGGGCUGCGGCUCGGACCGUUUCUCGGCGGGUCCCUGGCGGCGAGCGCGGACGGCCCGGAGGCAGCGGCGCUGAGCUGGCAGGCGGAGGGUUGUCUCCCGCGCCCGCCUGCCCGGCGCGGUCCGAGGAUGCGGGGGGGCGAUGCCCGGGGCCAGGGACGCGCUCUGUCACCAGGCGCUGCAGCUGCUGGCCGAGCUCUGUGCCCGCGGGGCCCUGGAGCACGACAGCUGCCAGGAUUUCAUCUACCACCUGCGGGACCGCGCCAGACCCAGGCUCCGCGACCCAGAUAUCUCGGUGAGCCUGCUGACGCUUGUGGUCACUGCCUGUGGCCUCGCCCUCUUCGGCGUGUCUCUCUUCGUGUCUUGGAAGCUCUGCUGGGUUCCGUGGCGAGAACGAGGCCUGUUCUCUGGUAGCAAAGACAACAACCAGGAGCCUCUUAACGACACGGACACGGAGACCAAUGAGCAGGAGAACAGCGAGGGCCUCCCAGACCCUCCCACCCCUUGUCCAGACUCCUCCAUGAAGAUCAGCCACACGUCCCCCGACAUUCCCCUCUCGACCCAGCCCGGGGACCAGGAGAACUGUGCCCAUGGCGUCCGAGUCCAGCGCCAAGUCACAGAGCCCACCUCCUCAGCUCGGCAUAAUUCAAUCCGAAGACAGCUCAACCUGUCACACCCAGAGUUCAGCAUCCAGCAGCUUCAGAAACAGGAGCAGUUGACUGGAAUUGGCCGAAUUAAGCCGGAGCUGUAUAAGCAGAGGUCCCUGGAUAACGACGAUGGGAGAAGGAGUCACAGCAAGGCCUGUGGGAGGCUGAACUUCAUGCUGAAAUACGACUGCGACUUGGAGCAGCUCAUAGUGAAGAUUCACAAAGCCGUCAACUUGCCUGCCAAGGACUUUUCCGGGACUUCAGAUCCUUACGUCAAGAUCUAUUUGCUUCCUGAUCGGAAAACAAAGCACCAGACUAAAGUUCACAGAAAGACCCUGAACCCCGUGUUCGAUGAGGUGUUUUUGUUUCCGCUGCCUUACAACGACCUGGCCGCCCGGAAGCUCCACUUCUCCGUCUAUGACUUCGACAGGUUCUCGCGCCACGACUUAAUCGGCCAGGUGGUGGUGGAUCACUUCUUGGACCUGGCCGAUUUCCCCAGGGAGUGCGUCCUUUGGAAGGAUAUCGAACACGUCACCAACGACAACGUGGAUCUCGGAGAGCUGAUGUUCUCCCUCUGCUACCUUCCGACGGCGGGCAGGCUGACCAUCACCAUCAUAAAGGCAAGGAACCUGAAGGCGAUGGACAUCACGGGAGCGUCAGACCCCUACGUGAAGGUCUCGCUGAUGUGUGAGGGCAGACGACUGAAGAAGAGGAAGACGUCCACCAAGAGAAACACCCUGAACCCCGUUUACAACGAAGCCAUCGUCUUCGACGUCCCUCCCGAGAACAUCGACCAGAUCCACCUGUCCAUCGCGGUCAUGGACUACGACCGUGUAGGUCACAAUGAGAUCAUCGGCGUGUGUCAAGUAGGCAACGACGCGGAGAGGCUGGGCAGAGACCACUGGAGUGAGAUGCUGUCGUGCCCACGCAAGCCCAUCGCACACUGGCACGCCCUGGUGGAGAAGCGAUGAGUGUGGGCGAGAGGGCCGCCACCUCACCAAGACCUCCAGUGACCUCUCCCGCCCACCGACAUCCCGACGCCGCCAGGGCCCGAAUGCUCAGCCGGAACGCGGCAAUAACCGGCCCUCUUUCCAGACCGGGUCUGCUGGACGUGCGCGGCCCGGCUGUCCCUGGGAGGCCUGAGGUGGUAUGCUGCAGGGGGGCAUGUCUCUUCUGGCCGAGAAUCGAGACUGGACCGGGGAGAAACCGCCUAACCCAGUGAGAGUCCUCGGAGUGCCCAGAGUGACUACAUCAGGCCCUGGGCGACGGGGUCACAGCAGCUGCCCUGGCAGGGUCACUCUGGCGUGGCAUUGUUGGCUUGAAGGCCCUGGAAGGACAGAAUAUUCCAAAAUCUAUCCAGGUGCUAAAUGGGCAGCAGAUCUGGACUUCCACCAAGCUGAUAACUGUCUCCAGAAAACACUUCACCCGAGCAGUGCUCAGCUUGAAAGGACCAGCCCCGGGAGAGUGGUGGGGAAAGAAGGCUCUCACCCUGGGGAAAAUCCAGUGCAGAGAGGUCUCGUUCACAGCAGACUCACUGCCCACUCCCCUGGACGUGGCAGUGAGUGCCAGCUGAUCCCGGCCCCCAGCUCCGCUGAACCCAGAAAUGAGGGCUCAGAAUCCCCAGCACUCUUUCGAGGUAGCCAGCAGCCACUUCCUGUCAACUGGUGUUGGUGUUUGAACGCAAGGUCCGUCAUCCCUGAUGGAGAGGGUGCACCUGGGUGGCGGGAGCGAUCUGGAGCCCCUUCUCCCAGGGGCACCUGUCCACCGAGGGAACAGCCUCAGAAACAGACGAGUUCCUGCAGAGAUGCCACACGUGGCCCCUGACUGAAGGCACGUCUCGGGGCCUUCCGGGCCUGAGUGCCUUGUGGGGUGCUUCCAUGUGCAGCAGCCCAGAGGCAGUGCCUCGGGCAGCCCCAGACGGGUUUCCUUUCACUUCCAGACACACACACGUCCCUUUCACAGCACUCGGGGGAUGGACGUACCCACACGAGCAAAGGUCAGGGGCUCCCCUGCGUAUCCCACUCAUGACUCAGCUUCCUUCGUGACCACAUCAGCCAGCCCACUGCCAGCGGUGUUCUCAUCCCCGCUGCUUCUGCCUCCAGACAGGUGGAGCCAGAGGCCUCAGCGCGCCUGGGGCGGGGGGUUACCCCGUGGUCCUCUGCCUCCCGUGACAGGUUCCCCAGCCGUGUUUGCUCCGUCUCCGUUCAUGCCGUCCCUCUGCAGUUGGACUGUGGCUCCCCCUGCCCGGGAGGCUCAUCACCUUCAUUUAAUUAACGUCUCCAGGGCCGCUGCAGGGCUUCAGAACGUCCCUGCUGCCACGGCUGCAAGUAGCUUCAGGUGCAAGAAACCACCCUGACGUCAGAUCUGAAAAGGAUGGAGGCCUGUGGUUGUGCGGGGCUGUGUCACUGCAUCCGGCUUCACGUGGUCCCCAGCCUGCCUCAUCCCUCUCCAUCCUUUCAUUGGCUUUCAACCUCCAGCAUCCACAGGGAGCCCAAGUUCCGCCUGCGUCCGUGGACGUGAGGGGAAUGCUGCUUUCUUUGCCCGACGUUCCCCUCUGCCAGCUCCUCCCUAGUCAGACAGCUUCCACCACCGACCAGUGUUUAGAACCAAAGCAUGAUGGGCCAGUGCCAGCAGCAUGGUCAGCAGAAAUGCUAUCUCUAGAUCCAUGAGCCCAAAAGGAUGCUCCCAGAGAAACCAGACUGGCCCCCGCAGACACAGGCAGCCGUCCCAGGAGACCCUGAGUUGUCCUUGGCACGGGAGCCAGGAAAGGAGCUCCUGGGACAGCUGUGCCUGUUGAUUCCACCCUCAAGAUCUUCCUGCCCCGAGAACUGGCAGCCCUGGGGUACGAAGGAGCAUGCUACUGGCUUGUCGGGAAGAAGCGGAAGGUGGCUUGUAGGGGACAGCAGGCAAAGAGGCAGGCAGGUGGCUUGUGUCUGGAAAGCUUUGCCUGGCAGUCCAGCUGGGGUCAGAAGCUGGUUAUAGGUCUGAACUCCCUGAGCCCAUCUGCAGCUCUGCCUCUGUUCUCUUGCAUUCUGUUUGGUUUCCCGUUAGUUUCCUAGUAAAUGUUCCUUUUGAAAAAUU